AUGGAAGAAGGGGUCACAUACACAGAUCUGCGCUUGCCCCCCACACCAGCUCCUCAGCAGCCGGCGUGGCUGCCCUGGUGCUGGGCAUCCCUCAGCCUGGGUCUCCUCUCCCUGCUGCUCCUGAUGGCACAAAUCAUCCUUGUUGGCUUGAACUUCCACUAUUUGAGAGAACAGGUGAGCUGCACCCAUGGUCCCUGGAGCACAGAGUACAGCCCCAGCUAUGGGCAGCAGGCAAUGAAAGGACAAUGUCAGUUCUGCCCAUCUGGCUGGCUAUGGGAUGCAGGGCAGUGCUACUACUUCUCCUCUGCCAAAAGGAGCUGGGAGCAGAGCAGCAAGGAGUGCCACUCCAGAGAGGCACAGCUGGUCACCAUCCAAUCCAAUGCCACCCUGGCUUUCCUGACACGCACAGCAAACAUGGAAGUCUUCUACGUGGGGCUGAAGAAGGAUGGCUCUAGGACUGACUGGAAGUGGCUGGAUGGCACCCCACUGAAGGGGCUCUUCCCAAUCCAGCGCUCCACCAGCUCCUUCCUGGCCUGUGGCCGGCUGUCAGGCUCAGGGCUCUCCAGUGGUCUGUGCAAGGACACCCUUGGCUGGAUCUGCCAGAAGAGUGCAGCCACCCUGCAGUGGCUCCGGUCCUCACCCCCAGCCUUCCUCUGGGGAAACACCACCUACACCUGUGUGGGGCCCUGGUGA